CCGAAGGCUGUCACCGGUUCCCUGGCCCGUCUUUCUUGUUCUCCGGCGAAAUUAGAUGUACCAGGUUCCGAUGGACAUGGAGCAAAGUAGUCUGAAAUUAUUAAUUAUAUGUUCCUACGAAGGUGAGCAUCAUGUAAUUCGUUUAGAAGAGGGCACCACGCUGGAGGAUCUUUACCGGAAUAUAUCGAAAAGAUGGAAUAAAGUGAGUAUUGAGGCGGUAAAACUCCAAUAUAUUGCACCUAUUCAGAAAAGCUACGUGACGUUAUUGUGUGACGAUGAUGUCGCCAAUAUGUGGAGAAUGCAUAUCUUGUUAAAGGUAAUGUUUGUGGAUAUGAUUGCACGGUGCAGAAGCGAGCACCAGAGCGUGCCUCUCCGAAGCACGGUUGGACGCAGGUACGUUACUCAUCAUUUGUAAUUAAGUAGUCUUUAUUAAACUUUGUUAUAG